AUGGGUGCAUCAGCUUCAAAACGGUUCGAUACUAACAAGGAAGAACUAGUCAAGAACAUAGACCUCGCCUGCUGCCGAGUUAAACUACUUAGAAAACGCUUGGAAAAUGAAUUAGCAACGACAUACCAAGCAAUCAACAGCAAUGGAGAUGAUGCACAUAUAAAGGCAGAGCAAAGCAUCUACCAGGAGAACACAUUACAUGUCCUUGAACAUUUGACAAAGGAUCUAAAUCUGUUAAAGGCGCGUAAGCAUCUAAUAGGAAGGGAAAUUGACGCACAAAUAAAACCCUGCAUCGCAACAGUAUUCCACUGCGCCGAACGUCUAGAUGUUCCGGAGUUGCGCGUAAUCGUCACUGUACUGCGUCAGAUGUACGGCAAGGAUCUCAAGCCACUACCAGACUCGGAGCUUAUCAAUAAACUCAAUCCGAGACCGCCAACCACGCCAGAGAUCAAAAGGCAAAUAGACAAGGUGAAUCAGCUAGUACGAUCAAGCGUCAGUACCAGACCAGCUAUCGAAAAAAUAACUACGUCAACAAAUAAGCGCACGGAACUAGACGAUCUACUUGAGAGAAUAAGGCGCCUGCGCUCAUAA